GUCAUGCAUGCAUAGGCUUUGCCCCGGCCCCCGUUAGUAGUAUAUAAUAUAUCUCACCAUUACACAACAUGCCACUGCCUUGUACUAGCUGGAUUCAGCCAGAUGGACACCGUGGUCACUAGUGUGAAGAAGCUAGCAGAUGACACAAGCGUGGGUUUUUCCCGAGCAAAGAUAUACGAGGGCGCUCGGCGGUGAGGGCACUUUAAACCGAGCUCGCCGGCCGCUUGGCACGCGCGCCGCCGCGCUCAGCCGUCGGAAUAGCUUCACCUCCACCGAACCGCCUCCGCAAUCGUUGCGGACCCAGCCCAUCCAGAUUCCAGUGUCACGCCUGCCCGCGACGAGGAAGAAAGACAUUCGCCAUCAUGCACAUCCCCUCUCUCUCCUCCCUUUCCCUCUUCCUCGUCGCCCUCCUCUCCACCCCAGCACUAGCGACCUCCGCCCUCACCAUCACCAUCCCCCCUUCCAAUCUCCUUCCCAACCCCAACAUUCUCCCGGCCGGCACCCAUGCCACCCUGACCACGCUCACAACUACUGAGAACAAUCACCGCAUUCUCACCGCACCCCUCACCCGCUCCGCGACCUUCCUCUUCCACCACCUACCCGCCUCCACCAAGCCCGAAUCCUACCUGCUCGAUAUCCGUUCCCCGGAGUAUGUCUUCGCCCCUCUCCGCGUCGAUGUUGCGGCCGAUGGCUCCCUCCUCGGCAUCUGGGAAACCUUCCGCGGAAAUCCCUGGGACAAUCGCGGUGCAGAGAAAUUCAUCGUCGAUGCAACCGCCGCCACUUCCGAUAUGACUGUCGAUGCGAAGGUCAUGGCCCGAAAAGGCUUCUAUGAGGAACGGUCGAAAUUCUCUCCUAUGGCUUUGUUUAAGAAUCCUAUGAUCUUGAUGGCUUUGGUCGCGCUGGGUUUCACUUUUGGAAUGCCCAAGUUAAUGGAAAAUAUGGACCCCGAAAUGCGCGCCGAGUUCGAAAAACAGUCUCGUUCUUCUCCCAUUUCUGGAGCAACUCGCAGUGCUAUGACUGGUGGUGGAACGCCUGGAAAUUUCGACCUGGCUGGGUGGAUGGCUGGUGCGACUCCUAGACCCGCACCUGGUGCUGAAGCCGCUGCUACGUCUGGUGGAGCGACCACUGGAAGGGAGAGUGGGGGUGCGUCGCGGAGGAGGGGGUAAGACCAACAUUUGUGUCGGGAACUAGGAGGUAGAAGGAUGUGAAACAGUGUUGUGACACAUCUGUUGUCUUUUUUAUCUAGCCUGGCGGUCAUGGUAUCUAACCCCUUAUUUAACCGGGAAGGCCGCAAAUGCAAUAUAGGCAUGCCAGGCGCCUCUCCUCUUUUAUCAGGGGAAGACUGCACGAGUAUUGGAAGAUGAUGAUAUAACCACCCGA